CUCGCAGGCUCAUAUCUGGUAAUGGCGGUGUUUCAUGAUGAAAUUGAAAUAGAAGAUUUCGAAUAUGAUGAAGAUAAUGAAACGUAUACCUAUCCUUGUCCAUGUGGAGAUCAGUUUGAGAUAACCAAGGAACAACUUGAAAAUGGGGAAGAUGUUGCCGUUUGCCCAAGCUGUUCAUUAAUCGUCAAAGUAAUAUACGAUUUGGAAGACUUUAUGCAAACUGAAACAGUCAAAUGUGCAACAAAUAUAUUGGAAAAGGUUUGACAAAUAUCGCCGACUUUUAAAAACAA